CCUCGGGAAGCUGGAUGACGAAGCCCUCGAGUCCAAAAUCCUCCGGUCCUCUCUUACCGCUUGCAUAGCCCUCGGCGAACACGCCAGGAGAUUCGACGAAUGGCGCCUCCAGAGGGCGCAACAGGAAGAGUCCCUCAAGAAGCUCAUCCACGAUAACGCUGAGGCCAUGAGGCAGAUGGCUCAACUGGAGAGGGACCUCCAGCAGGCGAGGGCGGAAGCAGAGAGAGCCUCCCGGGAGAGGGUGGAGAUAGAGAAGGCGGCUGCCGAGGCUGCGAAGAAGGCCCUUGAAGAUUCCGAGGCCGCCAAAGCAGAGGCCGCCACUGCUGCAGUUGCUGCCUUCAUGACCGAGGGCUGGAAGGCCGAAGGCCAUAAAGACUGGGUGGCCUCGGUCAUGGAUAGUUCUGCCGAGGGGUGGGUGAAGGGCCCCGGGGCGAUGUGGCUAGCCCGAAAGGGCGAAGAUUACUACGCCGAGGGGGAGUUCUUCACCCAGGCCCUGAUCUACAGGAGGCUCGCCCGACACCUGAAGAUAGAGUCAACGGCCUUCAACCCGGCGGCGUACGGUCUCCCCCCCUCCAGCCUGAUAUCAGAGUCCUCCUCCCCGAGGGCGUCGAGAGGCCGGAACUGGAGGAUUCGGAACUCCUGAAAGAGGUCGAGGGCGAUGAAGCAGAGGCUGAUGCGGAGGUCAUCUCGAAGCUUGCGGAAGAAGCGGCCCCCGGGAAUAACGUUGUUUGAUGUGUAAUUUGUACUCAGUAUUUUGAACUCUUUGUAAUAGUCACACUAGUAUGUUUUCGGCCUCGGCCACCUUUGUAACAAUUACAUUUACC